AUGAAACACGCGGCGACCAGGCUGCUCCUGAGAGCUCCUCACCCACGAGUUCCCAUUCAUUCACCCCCUUUUCGACCUCGCUUCGCCAAUCCGCCUAUUCGUAGACAUGCUUCCACGUCCGAAGCACCUCCAAGCUUCACCUCUCAUCUGCUCAAUGGCUUCUAUGGUGCCACUCUGAUCCUUGGCUUGGGCAUCAUUUAUGUCUAUGUCACCGACAUCCGAGCAAGCGCUCACCGUUAUAUCGUCAUCCCAGCCCUCCGACUGGUUUACCGAGAUCCAGAAGAAGCCCAUCAUGCCGGGAACCGUAUCUUGAAGUCCUUAUGGGAAUUUAAUCUUCACCCCAGGGAACGGGGUGAUCCGGACCGAUACAACGAUCUGGAAGUCGAGAUCUUUGGCCACAUGCUCCGAAAUCCAGUGGCGACCUCUGCAGGAAUUGACAAACAUGCCGACAUUCCCGACCCUCUUUUUGCUAUUGGCCCAGCAAUCGUUGAGAUUGGAGGAACCACUCCUCUCCCACAAGAGGGCAACGCCAAGCCACGAGUAUUCCGACUGAGUUCCCAACAAGCUAUGAUCAAUAGGUAUGGAUUGAAUUCAGAGGGGGCAGACCAUGUGGCUAUGAGACUACGAAACCGAGUCAGAAAAUUUGCCCACUCCCUCGGCCUCGGCGAUGACGAAAUUGCCGAAAAGGCUGUACUGGAUGGCAUCGCCGGUGUCCCCCCUGGAAGCUUGAUACCAGGCAAACUACUGGCGGUCAAUAUUGCCAAGAACAAAUUCACUCCAGAAGAUGAUGUCGAGGCUGUCACCAAUGACUAUGUCUAUUGCGUCGACAAGCUCGGCCCGUAUGCUGACAUCCUGGUGGUCAAUGUUUCGAGUCCCAACACACCGGGUCUUCGAUCGUUACAGCGGUCGGACAAGCUGCAAACCAUACUGGCCGGCGUAGUCAAGGCAGCCAAGUCCGUCGACCGGCGGACGAAACCGGUGGUGAUGGUCAAGGUGAGCCCGGAUGAAGAUUCGGAUGCAGAGAUCGCUGGAAUAUGCGACGCGGUCUGGGCUACCGGGGUGGAUGGGGUGAUUGUGGGAAACACAACGAAUCGCCGACCAGCAUCUCUACCACACUUGAAAGAUUUGUCUCCAAGGGAAGAACGACACCUGCUCGAAAAGGGCGGAUUUUCUGGGCCCCAUUUGUUUGAUCGAACAGUUUCUUUAGUGACAAGAUAUCGGAAACUUUUGGCAGAGAAACCUGCUCCUGCGGAAGCUAUAGAAAAGCCACCAAGCCCUGUCGCUACCGAAGCUGAGAAGAUCCCGGUUUCUCUCGAGGCGAGUUCGGAAGCUCCCUCAACACUUGGACCGAACUCAGUUGCGAUAUCCGCUGAUACCGAUGUUACUCCUCCUCGAGAUAUACUCGAAAAGGAUGAUUCCACCGAAGCGGACCAAACCCCACCGGGAGAGAGUGAUGAAGCUGGAUCGUCUCCUCUUGCGCCCCCGGUAGGUGAACGUGAGAGAUUGAAAUCGAUCCAAGCAGCCCUCGAGCGACUGCCACCUCGGGCACGGCCUGAUGCGAUGGCAGCGCUUGAGACGGCCGUUCACUCGGACUCGAUCGAUCAACCCAAAGUGAUUUUCGCCACAGGGGGGAUCACCAACGGAAAGCAAGCUCUCCAAGUGCUCAAUGCAGGUGCCAGUGUGGCCAUGGUCUACACCGCGUUGGUUUAUGGAGGCAUCGGUACGAUAUCCCGGAUCAAAGAUGAGAUGCGAGAGGAGAUGAAACGCCAGGCCGAAGAGAAACGACCCAAGGCCAAAGAGUAA